GUCACUGAUGCAGUGAUUAUGUCAUAAAGGACCAGGGCAGGCAAUGCUCAUAGGGUGUUGUGUAUCUGUGGUAAGAUUCAUUCCACAUUUGUUUCAUCGCAGCUCUGUACCGUAGCAGGCAGCUUCAUCAGGGAGCUCUUUCUUCUUGUGGUGACUAUGAUGAAGAAAGGCCGGAGGUUCAGCUGUGUCUGCUUCCGGGGAAAAGCAGAAAACCCAUCCCAGACACGGAAUAUGAAAGAUGGACUGUCGGCAAAGGACACAAAUAGACUUGUGACAGCCAAAGAGAUGGUUAAGUCAGAUCUAGAGAUGGAAUGUAAACUGUCUAAAGAGAAGGACAAAGAAGACAAGAGAACAUGUGACAGCCAAUUGUCUGUGCUGAAAAUACAGGAUGUGUGGUUGUCGCUUACUGGUUGUCUCACCUCGCUGCGCUGUCUCACCCUCAGCAGACACAAGCCACACAGGGACAUCUCCCUAUCAGAGGUCACACAGUGCCCGGACAGCUCAGACUCAACCAAUGGGAGCCCUUGGAACACAGACUCCUCUAAUGACGGACAGACAGAUAAACCAAUAGGAUUGGUGGAUGUCCCUUUAUCCCCACAGGCUGAGGAGAGGCGGGAGGAGGAUGAGGAGGUGGUGCAGGCCCCUCCACGUGCCCCGUGCUUGGGGUCCAGCUAUCUGACUGGUCUCUCCAGCUAUCUUAGUGGUGAAGCAUCCCAGUUGUUUCUGGCCCAAUGGGGGAGAGACAUGAUGCUGCGUAUGGAGCUGGUGGACAUAGGAGGGGAGAGCGGGGAUGCGACUCACACGAGGUACAGGACGGAGUGGAGCAUGUCUGAGGGGGACACACAGGUGGCCCAGGGGGUGUGGCUCCCAGGAGUGCCAAAUAGAUUUGGGGUGCCACACUGAUGGAUUAUCAGCACACAGUAAGCUCCCUCUCAGUAGCCCUGACUGAGCCACGACUAGAUCAGAGAGAGAGGAGAAACUCACUACUGUAAUGCUUGUAAUAAAAAAGGUGUUUUUGCAUCUUUUUGAAUGUGGA